GUAAACCGCAGAUAAGCUAUGUAAAUAAUUGUGCAUAUUUAAGCAAUUUUUUAAAUGGAUGCUGAAACAAAUCAAAAUACCCCACAAGAGGAAGAUGAGGAAGAUUCUAGAGCCACACCAGAGAGACCCCCGUUUUCUCCUUUAGUACCAGAAACAAAUGACAAUGAAGUAAGCGUUGAUACCAAUAGUGCCGGAAUAAAAUCAGAGCCACCAGAUAAUGGGCGAAAUGAGGCAAAUCAGGAAACCCAAAUAGAUGACACCAGUGUACAGUCACUGACAACUGAAGUACAGCAGACCUUGCCCACAGUAAAUGAAAGUUCUAAAGAAACGGAAACGAUUAUUUCAGACAUAGGUGAGGUAAGAGUAAAAGAUGAGCCUGACAUUGAAGAAGCUAAUGCUAUUGAUUAUGGUAUGCCGCUGUCCAAAACUCCAACUAAAAAGAGUGAUAACGAUAUGGAAACUACCAGAUUAACAGCCAAUUAUACCGCAAUAGAGACUCAACAAGGAAAUACUAAUGAAACAAAUUCUAAUAAUACCAAUGUUUCACAAUCCGCUUUAGAUGCCUUUCUGGAUGGUAUUGCCACUUCCAUAGUACCAGUCAGACCUCGUUUGAGGGUAAAAACAGAAUUUGCUUUAUUACCACCAAAAACUCCACAACGUGAAGUUGUUGAUGAUGAUAUGUUAACUUUAAACAAAGACUGUGAUAAUAUGGACAUUGAUGUUUCACCACCACCUCCGCCACCACUGAUUUCGAUGUCGUCUUCCUCCAACUCCGAGUUUUUGGCAGAUGGUAUUACCACUCCCCGACUAUCAUUAGCAGCCAUAAAUCGUUUAAGAGUUAAAUCAGAAUUUUCCAUACCCCCGGCAACACCUCAACGCUAUAAUGAGGACGAAUCCUCUAUGCCCGAAGAUUUCUUUGAUGAUCUCUUAGCUAAAAAAGAUAUUGACAAAGAAGCUGGCGAAGUUUCGUCCAGCAACAGUGAGGAAGAUGAUGACAACAUACCCGAUGAUUUCUUUGAUGAUCUACUGCGCGACAAUCUUAAAGAAAAAAUCGAGGAAGCUAAAAAUAAUGAGCUGGAAGAGAAAUAUUCAGAUCGUUUGAAAGAAUAUGAAAGAUUGCAAAAAGAAUUGAAGAAAUUAGAAGAAAAGUCUAGAGAAAAGCGUAGAAAUCGCAAAAAGCUUAGAAAAGCCAAAAAGAAAUCAAGAAAACGUUCAAGAUCCAGAUCUGUGUCACCUAGUAAGAGAACAAAAGAAAACAUAAGCAGUCAUGAUAGAAAUAAACGUAGUCGCAUUUCACCUCCCGCCCGCAAAGAAAUAUCUUCCACUGUACAUGUUGUCAAUAGAGCUAGUGUGGCAGAUGGUUGUUUAAGAGUGGAUAAGGGUAUAAAAGUUAAAUCGGAGUUUUCUGCCAGUGAUUUUGAUAAUGUUACAACAGAGUGUACAUCGGUUGUGGAGAAUGUUGAAGAAAUUGAAGAGGUUUUAACGCCCAAACAAAAAAGAGAAAGAGCUGUACAUCGUGCCACCGCCUUGCUUAAUCAUCUCAAAGACUGUUCCACCUCGGAAAAUAACUCUUCUAUAUUCUCUACAUUUCCAUUUGUUUCAACAGUACGCAAACUUCCUACCAGUCAUUCCUAUGUGCAACAGCGUAUCUAUGAAAAUCGUUCUCCCCUUCAUACAGUAAACAAUGUAAGUUAUAAAUUUAAUUCUCAUACCACACGUUUUAACAUGGAGGAAUGGGGUUUGGCUGCUUUAACAACACAUGCCGCCAAAAUGGCCAAACUUGUGGGCUGUGAUGCUCAGUUUAUACACACUAAACUAAAGACCAUUAAGAUACCUGCGAAAUUGAAAAAAGUCAAACAGGAGCCAACGAGCGACGAGGCGAAGGACGAGGAAGAAGAUCUACAAGAAACCACUUCGUCGUUACACUCUCAUGCCAUGACCCAAACAGAUGAUUUGGCAGAGUUUAAUAAGCCGCAUAAAACACAAGUUAAUGAAGUUGGUGUACAAGUGGAACCCAGUGUAUAUAGUAUAGGCAGUCAAACCCUAGAAACACAAUCACCCAAAAAGGAUUCUUUAGAAGACGAUGCACCCAUAAUGAAAAUAAUACGUGAUCUUAAUGAAAAUCAAUUAAUGGCCAUACACCAAUUUGCCGAAUUGAUAAGGGAGCCGAAUACCAAUAGCAGUGCCAUAGAAAUGUAUAAAAUGCAAAUGCAAAUUUUGGAAAUUUAUAAAAUAUCACAAAUACCCUCCGCCUUGGCUACACCACAAACUCAGGCUGUAAAUAGUUAUACAACCACCAAAACAAAUAGUCCGCCCAAGCAUAGAGGAACUGGUUAUAGGCAGAGGGAAUACAUUCAACAAGACCCGCAACAGCAGCAACCCAUUAUACAAGCUGUGCGUGGAGCAGAUGGCAGCCAAUUUUCCAUAAAUGAUCCUAGAGCUAGGUCAGCGGCUUAUGCUAAACGAAAUGUUAAUGAUGGUGCGGGCUCAUCGUCAAAUUAUGAUCCUAGAAUUGCGUCUUUUUCACAAACUUCUCAUGAAAGAAUUUCAACAAAUCAGGGCUACUCUCAGUCAUCUCAAACUAGAUCCUCUGGAAGUGAAGAUAGACAUUAUACUAGCACCAGCAAUCCACGUACUUCGCGUCAAUAUCCCUCAAAUAAUCAAGCUGUACCUAAUCAAGCUCCGCCUACUACUAAUAAGUUCUAUGGCAGGGGUGGUUUAAGACGUUCAUAAAAAUAUUUCUUAAUUGUUUAAUUUUUCAAAAGAUAAUCUUCUAUGCUUUUCUUUAUUUUUGUAGUGAAACCCAUUUAAACAGUUUAUUUUUUAAGUAAUAUAAAAUUCUUCAUCAUUUCAAACCAUUUUUCAUUAUAUUCUUCGAAAUUGCGAUAGCUUUAACACAAUUUUAAAUUGUUUAACAAUAUCUCAUUAUAAAUUUAAGCUUAUGACUAUAUUCAAACAAAUUGCACAAUAAUUUUGGAAUUUUCAAGUUAGCAAGUACCUAGAAACUUACUUAAAACAUGUAUUUUUACUUAAAAAAAUAAGCACUUGUUUAACAUUGACCUAAAAACCUAAACCUAAAAAAAGACAAUUGAAUUAAACAUUAAUUUUACGGACAAAA